AUGUCGUACCCGCCUAAUAAUAACUACGGCCCGCCGCCGCAGCAGCAGCCGUACGGACAGCCGUAUCCUCCGCAUUCUCAGGGGGGAUACCCCCCGCAGGCCCCUCCUCCGCAGGGCUAUCCGCCCCAGCAGCCGCCAGGACCAGGCCAGUACCAGCAGUAUCCUCCGCCGCAGUCGAUGCCACCGCAGCAGCAUGCGCAGCAGUCCUGGGCGCCUCCGCCGGGACAGUAUCCUCCGCAGGGACAAUACGCUCCGCCCCCGCAGCAGGGCCAGGGACAGCCAGCACCCUCCUCCGGGCCAGGCAACGCACCCGGCUACCCCCCGCAGACCGUCGUCCCCGCGCCCCCGUCCCUCGGCUACGACCCCGACGCACGCGCGCCCGGCGACGCCACGAAGGAAGCCGAAGCGCUCCGCAAGGCGAUGAAAGGCUUCGGGACGGACGAGGCGGCGCUGAUCCGGAUCCUGAGCACGCCGGACCCGCUGCAGAUGGCGCUGAUCCGGCACACGUACGCGGCCAAGAUCGGGCGCGACCUCGAGAAGGACAUCAAGUCCGAGACGUCGGGGAAGCUGGAGGACGCGCUGCUGGCGCUGGCGCUGGGGCCGCUGGGCCACGACGUGCGGCAUCUGAAGCAGGCGAUGGCCGGGGUCGGCACGGACGAGACGGCGAUGAACGACGUGCUGGUGGGGCGGACGAACGCGGACCUGCGCGCCAUCAAGUACGCCUACGUCAGCACGUACAAGAAGCCGCUGCUGGACGACGUCAAGAGCGACCUGUCCGGUAAGACGGAGCGGUUCUUCGAGAUGCUGCUGCAGGCGGCGCGGCCGGAGCCCGGGACAUAUUUUGACGCCGCGUCGGUGGAUGCCGACGUGCGCGAGAUCCACCAGGCGACGCAGGCGAAGACGGGGACUGACGAGAUCGGCGUGUCCGCGGUGUUUCUCAAUGCGCCCGAUGCGAAGCUCGUGGCGAUCGCGCGCGCGUUCGAGGCGCGGUAUCAUAAGAGUCUGGAGAGGGUGCUGCGCGAUGAGUUUUCGGGGCAUCUGAAGGCCGUGUUUGUUGCUAUGCUCCAGCAUGCGAUGGACCCGGAGCUGUACCACGCGCGCAAGCUGGCUGAGUGUAUUCCCGAGGGUGGCCCGGUCGACAUGGGCCGGCUGAUCUACUGGAUGGCGCAUCUGCAUUGGAACCGUCCGUACCGCGACGCGGUCAAGGUUCGGUUGCAGCGCGACUUGAAGGUCGACCUGGCGUCCCGCAUCCUGCGGCUGGUUCCUCCAGGCGAUGUGCAGAAGUGUCUGAUGGCUCUGUGGUGA